GUGAUGAGUGAGGUCGGGAGAACGGAAGAUUUAAAAAGCCAACGGGGCCUCCUUAUUGAAUGAAAGACCCAGUGCAAAGGCAUCACCAUGAACACGAGCAUCCCUUAUCAGCAGAAUCCCUACACUCCCCCGGGAAGCUCCAAUGUCAUCCAGUGCUACAGAUGCGGAGACACCUGCAAAGGGGAAGUGGUUCGCGUCCACAACAACCACUUUCACAUCAGAUGCUUCACCUGUCAAGUGUGUGGCUGUGGCCUGGCCCAGUCAGGUUUCUUCUUCAAGAACCAGGAGUACAUCUGCACCCAGGACUAUCAGCAGCUUUAUGGCACCCGCUGUGACAGUUGCCGGGACUUCAUCACAGGCGAGGUCAUCUCCGCCCUGGGCCGCACCUACCACCCCAAGUGCUUUGUGUGCAGCCUGUGCAGGAAGCCUUUCCCCAUUGGAGACAAGGUGACCUUCAGCGGUAAAGAGUGUGUGUGCCAGACCUGCUCCCAGGCCAUGACCAGCAGCAAGCCCAUCAAGAUCCGUGGACCAAGCCACUGUGCCGGGUGCAAGGAGGAGAUCAAGCAUGGCCAGUCACUCCUGGCGCUGGACAAGCAGUGGCACGUCAGCUGCUUCAAGUGCCAGACCUGCAGUGUCAUCCUUACCGGGGAGUACAUCAGCAAGGAUGGCGUUCCAUACUGCGAGUCUGACUACCACUCCCAGUUUGGAAUUAAAUGCGAGACUUGUGACCGAUACAUCAGCGGCAGAGUCUUGGAGGCAGGAGGAAAGCACUACCACCCCACCUGUGCCAGAUGUGUACGCUGCCACCAGAUGUUCACUGAAGGAGAGGAGAUGUAUCUCACAGGUUCUGAGGUUUGGCAUCCAAUCUGCAAACAGGCAGCCCGAGCCGAAAAGAAGUUAAAGCAUAGACGGACAUCUGAAACUUCCAUCUCACCCCCUGGGUCCAGCAUUGGGUCACCCAACCGAGUCAUCUGCGCCAAAGUGGAUAAUGAGAUCCUUAAUUACAAAGACCUGGCAGCUCUUCCCAAGGUUAAGUCCAUCUACGAGGUACAACGCCCUGACCUCCUUUCCUACGAGCCUCAUUCCAGAUACACGUCCGACGAGAUGCUGGAGAGAUGUGGCUAUGGAGAGUCGCUGGGAACACUGUCUCCCUACUCACAGGACAUCUAUGAGAACCUGGACCUCCGGCAGAGACGGGCUUCCAGCCCGGGAUACAUCGACUCUCCCACCUACAGCCGGCAGGGCAUGUCUCCCACCUUCUCCCGCUCACCUCACCAUUACUACCGCUCAGGGCCCGAGAGUGGCCGGAGCUCUCCAUACCAUAGCCAGUUAGAUGUGAGGUCCUCCACUCCAACCUCUUACCAGGCACCCAAGCACUUUCACAUCCCAGCUGGAGAAAGUAACAUCUACCGGAAACCCCCGAUCUACAAACGACAUGGUGAUUUGUCUACAGCAACUAAGAGCAAAACAAGUGAAGACAUCAGCCAGGCCUCUAAGUAUAGUCCAGCCUACUCGCCAGACCCCUACUAUGCUACGGAGUCUGAGUACUGGACCUACCACGGGUCUCCCAAAGUGCCCCGAGCCAGAAGAUUCUCAUCUGGAGGAGAGGAGGAUGACUUUGACCGAAGCAUGCAUAAGCUCCAGAGUGGAAUUGGCCGGUUGAUUCUGAAGGAGGAGAUGAAAGCCCGGUCGAGCUCCUAUGCAGAUCCCUGGACCCCUCCCCGGAGCUCCACCAGCAGCCGGGAGGCACUGCACACGGCUGGCUACGACAUGUCCCUCAAUGGCUCCCCUCGUUCGCACUACCUGGCUGACAGCGAUCCCCUCAUCUCCAAAUCUGCCUCUCUGCCUGCCUACAGAAGAAAUGGGCUGCACAGGACUCCCAGCGCAGACCUCUUCCACUACGACAGCAUGAACGCAGUCAACUGGGGCAUGCGAGAGUACAAGGUAAAGGACACAUGGACCCUGGGGGUCUCCAGGAUGCUGGGAGCCACUGUAUCAGGGACCAGCAAGAGGAUGACAUCACCAUCUAUGCAGGAAAGGGAAUAUAGAUUAUCAGAGUUCCUUUAAGACUAUCAUUUCCUGUCCCUCCUUGGACCACUUUCCCUGAACCCUGCCCAGGUCUCCUGCCUAUGAAAUCAGGCCAUUUCCCUGGUCCUCAAGGACUCUGGUGGCUUACUAUUCCUAAUUAGGAAAUACAUUCAGGAUACCUUGUGCCCAAAUUAAAGCUAAUGUCAUCAAGCUUCACUUUGGCAGUAUAAAGGGAUUUUGUGGGGCCUUACCUGUGGGGAGAAGGUGUCUUAAGACUUCUGGAAAACCCAAAAGGGCAGAUCCAGCUUCCUCCAGACUGAACCUCUGGCCCUUUGUGGAUAGAGGAAGGAACCCAAAUACAAACUGUAGUGAAAGGAGCAAGUCUGUCCUCAUCACCCAAGCUGUAAAUAUGCCUCCCACACGCCCUUAUCUCCCUAGAUCUACCCCUAUGAACUGCUGCUGGUGACCACAAGGGGAAGAAACCGACUGCCCAAGGAUGUAGACCGCACCCGCUUAGAGCGCCACCUGUCCCAGGAAGAGUUCUACCAGGUCUUUGGCAUGACCAUCUCGGAGUUUGAGCGGCUCGCCCUCUGGAAAAGGAAUGAACUCAAGAAGCAAGCCCGGCUGUUCUAGGCAGAGGCUAUACAUAUAGAUGCAUUUAUAUAAAGAUGUAUGUAAAAUCUCUAUCCUGAAGCGCGGUAUAAUCCUCUUGUGUAACAGGAUACACUGCCUGCCAUGAGACUUGCUUUUCUGUACUGUCAGGCAAGCCCACAUCAUCAAAGUAUUUUUUAUGCUCCUUCUCUUUUCUAAGUGCUGUGGGAUCUGGGAAGGGAUUUGAGGGGACUCUGCUUUUAUUGGGGGUCCUUUUUAUACUGAAACAUCUGUCCUAACUUGAGUCUCCCAAGCUCCAACUCUCUUUCCCUAAAACGGUGCCUGGAGAAGUCUCUACUCUCUGCCUCUUGGCCCAUUUCCAGGUCUCCGGGGCUGACUCUGGCCAUGCAGCUUCUGCACACUAUUGGCCCCAGAGGGGUCCUCCCAUGGGCAGGUCACAGUGACCUUCCCAAAUCACUGAGCACCUUUGAGGGUUCAUGAACAAUUUUCUCUACACCCCCAGUGAGGAGCUCAAGGCUCUCUGGGGGUGAUGCAGUUAGAAAUAUGCACCUCAUAUCCAUUCAUCAUAUCAGUAGAUGGAAUUGGAUAGGGCCUUGGCCUCUCUCUAGCUCAUCACUUCUCCCCCUUCCUCCCUUGAUCCUGACCUUUCCGGUAUCCAGAUCUAGGAUUCAUGGUAGGCAAAAGAACAAGGCACUUCCUUUCCCUCCACCACCUCUAGCUGGCCCCUUUGCCUGGCCUGGGUUGGAGAAACAGAGGACACGAGGAGCUGCGAGUGGGAGGAGAGCCCAGCUCCCGGUAGAGGUGGAUCAGCAGGACCCACUGGCCCUCCUCCUGCCCGCACUGUCCCCAGCACCUUCUGACCUGCCCCUUUCUUGGAGAGGUCCAUGACUACAGCCUGUAAUCUUCAGCCUUAUUACAGUCUAUGUGCCUGAUGAUCUACACACCACAGGGCUAAUGUCCCCACCAGGGCUCCCACGAUACAACCAGACAGACAUCUCCCACCUCUGCUACAGAAUAGGCCACACCCCAAAGAAAGUUCGCGGCUUACGCCGUGGUUUCUGGGCUGGCAGACAACCAUACUGAGCCCCCACCAAUCCCUGCUGUGAAGUUGGCCAGGUUUUAUGGGGGAAGCUUUCAGAAAGUGGCUGUGUAUGAGAUUCCAAAAUGAGUCACUGGCCAGCACCGCUCAUGGUCACCCAGGCCUGUGCCAGUGCCUGCCUUUCUUACGGUCCUCUCCCCAACCUUCACCUCUGAGGUGGCAAUGUUUGGUGGACACUGCUCCUUCCUGCAGGAGCCUUAAGUCAGACCAUUUUUGAAAUCACAGGAAGGGUGAGGAAAUAGAAGUAACAAUCGUGACUCUAGAGACUGGUGACGUGACUGACAGAUGUAGGAGUGACUUCUGCAAACCCUCACUGAGCACUUGCUAUGCUAAGCACCUGCUGAACACCGAGCACUGGGCGGGAGGGGACACUGGGGAAAAUCAACAUGGGCCUGGGUCUCAGGGGGCAGUGUAAGGCAUGUAGCCAAGCAGUGGAUGUGAGGCAGAAAGUGACAGAAGGUAUGAGGGAGUUCUGUGACAUGGCCAGUGGUGCAGACCAAGAAAAGCUUUCUGGAAGCGAUCGUGUUUGAGCAAAAGCAGGAAGAUCUUUGUAAAUUGGGAGGAAAUUGCAAGUUGAAAGAAUGGUAAGAUGGAGGAACCAGGAGAGAAGUCUGACGUACUCUCACUUAAAUGUUAAGCCUCCUGCAAAUUCUCUGUUGUGGCCAGUGACUUUCCACUUUCCUGACCCAUUAGAAAUGUCCCCAGCCUCAAGCAAUCAUUGAAACUGCCUCAAGAUCAACUGGUUAACAACUUGUGAGAUCGAAGGGCUUUUGUUAUUGUUGUAUUUUUUGUUUCCCAUAAAGCACAUCAUUUCAACCCAAA